AUGAAUCAAAUCAUUCUUUUGAUCGGUAUCGCGGUGUUCGCUGGAACGGUAUCGGCGGGCCAUUACGACGAAGACCACGGCAGCAGCACCUACGAGGAAAAAUCGAAGCCAGUGGAAAUUCCAAUUUAUAAAAAAUAUGCGAUCCCGAUUCCGCACCCAGUGCCAGUCGAAGUUCCUCAGAAGAUAGAAAUCCCGAUUCCUCAGCCUCAACAAGUCCCCAUCGAAAUUCCUCAUCCCUAUCCUGUCGAGGUUGUCAAGCACGUCGAAAUCCCCAUUGAAAAACCGGAACCCGUCAUUGUUGAGAAGCAUGUACCUUUCGUGGUAGAAAAGCCAUAUCCUGUGUACGUGGAGAAGAAGUUCCCUAUUCCAGUGGCCAAGCCGUAUCCGGUUCAUGUACCGAUCUACAAGCACGUCUUCCAUUACUCUUCGAAGGGCAAGGGAUGGCAUUAA